CCAACAAAUUUUUUAAUUAUUUAAAAGUGCCAUUUUUUUUAACAAAAUCGAAACAUCGAAAAAAAGCAAUAUUACCCUUUUAUAUUUAAGUUAAAUUAAUAUAAAAACAAAAGAAAAACCACAACAAAAAAAUUAUUAAUAAAAGUGUUUUUAAAUGAGAAAAAACGACAUUGUUUGAUUGCAAAGAGCAACAAGAGAAUAAACAAACAUACACAAAAUCUGUAAAUCUGCGAAAAAUCUUUAUGUAAAUAAAAGAGACCUUUCAUGUACUUUAUGUAAGAAAAAAAAAGAGAACAAAUCCUAAUUUGGAUAUUGUGUGCAUUGUGCAAUUGGACUGUUAUUUUGUUUAUGUUAAAUUUUUUCGUGCGACGUGAACAACGAAAAUUCAAACGCCGAAGACAGUUUUUGAGUGUGACGAAGACGACGACAACGAAGACAAAUUGUGUGGGUGCGUGAAUGAGAGAAAGUGUGUUUUGCUAUUGAAAAUUUGAAUCGAAAAUUUGAUUUGAGAUUGAGAGACAAUGCCUCGUUGUUUAAUGGCAAAAAAGUGGAAAGCUUAUCCGUGGCAAGAUCGUGCUGAAAAUACCGUAGUAACAAAUCAACAAAUCACCGACAUUACAGACACGGUAGUAAUAACAACUACCCAAUCGAAUAUCGAUACCGUUGCAACAUCUAUCAUUGAAGAGGACGAAGAAAUUGACGUUGUGGGCGAUUCACCAACAGCUAAUGCUUCAUCAUCAUCGUCAUCGUCGCCUACGAUCAAUAAUAAUAGCAACAGUAAUAGCAACAGUAGCUACACGACGAACAGUAACGCACAACAGCAACAAAACACAAAUUCUGUAAUUGUUGGCAAAACGUCGGUUAUUCCAACUUGUUGGGGACCAUCAUCGCCCACUGCUGGCACAACAGCCGAAGAAGCUCAUUCCUCUGAAGGAGCAACACGAGGCUCAACCAUUUUAUAUAACGGUUACGGACAAGAUAUUUCGAUGCAUUUUACUGCAUAUUUGCCGCGCAUGGAACACGAAUUGGCGAUUACAACAAAAUCCGAAAAUCAGCCAACUACCAUAAAUACAACUAGCAGCGGUAUUUCAUCGUUAAAUCAACAAAAUCAAGUAUCUGUAAUUCCAACAGGUGAAUAUUGCCAGCAAAAAAAUCUAACAAUGCCAAUUGUAACGAUUCAACAGCAUCCGUUGCAACGGAAAUCGUUGUCGAUGCAUUUUACAAGCACGGGAGCCCAUCUGUCUCUUCCGCCAAAGAAAAAAGACAUUUAUCGGCCAUACUCAUUAGAUGAUAAGCCGUCACAACGUCCUUACGGACUACGAAUACCGGCCGAAGAAGAUUUACAUGCGGCCCAUGCCAUACUGGAUUUGAGUGCAUCAACUGCAUUUCUGCCACCGCGAAAUUUACAACAGCCACAACAGCAGCAGCAGCAGCAAGAGUCACAUCAGCAAUUGGAUCAACAACAACAGACGCCACAACACAGCAUUCAAACAGUUACAACCACCGAACCGAAUCAAAAUCAACUUCAAUCGAUGCAACACAGUGUACAAUUGCAUCAGCGUAAAUCAACUGUUUCGCCGCCACACUUGACCGUACCUGAUGAAGAAUGUUAUAAGAAACAACAGCAAUCGUCGAUGACAACAACGACAACGACCAAUGUGCUGAUAAACCAAAACUUAAAAUACAAUAAUUCCAAAGCAAACCAAACGGAUGCAAACAUUCAAAAUGAGAAUAACAACAAUUUGACAAACGUACUUAUGAAAUCGAAAACAACAACAGCCUCAGUGACUGCCACAAAGCAAAUCGAUAGAUCGAAACGUACGCUAGACGACAGCGACGAUAUUAGUAACAACAACAACGACGACAACAUUGAUAAUAAUCAUAAUAAUAAUGAUGAACUAAUUGAAACGGCCAAUUCACGAACGGUUGCGUAUACAUACGAAGCGUUCUUUGUAAGUGAUGGUCGUUCGAAACGGAAAUCGAAUCCGGAUGGUUUGGCAUCGACUGAAGUUCUCAAUUCAAUAGAUAAUAAAUCAAAAUACACGUGCACCGAAUGCGGCAAACAAUAUGCAACAUCGAGCAAUUUGUCCAGGCACAAGCAAACACAUCGCAGUUUGGAUUCACAAUCGGCCAAAAAAUGUAUGACAUGUGGUAAGGCCUAUGUUUCAAUGCCAGCACUUGCAAUGCACGUACUCACGCACAAAUUGUCGCAUAGCUGUGGCGUUUGUGGCAAACUAUUUUCGCGACCAUGGCUUCUGCAGGGUCACUUACGUUCGCAUACCGGUGAAAAGCCGUAUGGAUGUGCGCAUUGCGGAAAAGCAUUUGCUGAUCGUUCGAAUUUGCGAGCACACAUGCAAACCCAUUCGGCAGAUAAGAAUUUUGAAUGUCAACGAUGCCACAAAACAUUCGCUCUGAAAUCCUAUCUGAACAAACAUUUGGAAUCGUCUUGCUUUAGCCACGAGAAUGAUGUUAAUGGAACUGUUGCGCCAACAAAUGCACUCGCUAUCGACGAUAACUCAUCGAAUGGUAGCAAUAACAAUACCAUAACACUGCAUUGAAGUCAUUCUCGAUUUUGAUAUAUGAACAACAACGACGACGACGCCAAAUGAAAUUAAAAAAAAAAAAAUGCUCACUCUGUCGAACGUAUUGUAUUUAUUGAUCAGAGACUGAUUCAUGUGUCGUUGCGCGCACGUACACAAUUGUUAUUUGGAUGUUUUUUUAUAUAUUGACAACGAAGCAGCGGCAGCAGCAGCAAGGACAACGAAUAUGAAACCAAGCGGCAAACGGAUAAGAAUGGCGAAAUUAUUUUUUAUCUCUUUCACACAGUGCAGCAGCUGAUAAAAAAGAAUAUACCACAGAGGACUCGCUGUAAACCAUUUUUUGGGGUGGGUAACAAAAAUACCUUUUCACCUAGUCUAAGUAAAUUAAAUCUAAAUGAGAGAAGAAACAAAAAAAAACACACACAAAUGUGAAAAUAGAAAGCAAA